AACACAGGUGCACCGAAGACUGGUAGGUAAACACGUUUGUCUACCUUUACUUCACUUACACGGAUUUAAUUAGAUCACUUAAAAGGGAUACAUUUGUGAUUUUAGUGUUUAGUUGUGGAUUAAUUCUUGUGGAUUACUUAUUUUUCGCUCUGUUCGCGGAUCACCUGUCGGAGAAAAAAAUUGUGCUAGUUUUUUUUCUUUCUUGGUCCACAAUUCUCUUGUUUGAGGAAACAGCUUCUUUCAUUCUCGUGUCGCUGUGUCAGCCAGAUACCGAGGACUGUGUCGUGUGCUUUUUUUUUUCUAAUGUCACCGCUCCUAGUUUCACCUUAGUGGUGAAGAUUGUGUUUCAAUGGGAAAAGAUUUGGAUAUUCUUCAGGCUGUGAAAGACAAUGACCAGGCGAGUUUACAAAAGCUGUUGCAAAAGGCCUCGAAGCAGGCGAAAAACAAACUGAUCGGAAAUAAAAAACUGAACAUCAACUAUCAAGAUGGAGACGGAAUGUCCGCCCUCCAUCAGGCUGCGCUUAUGUCCAGUGCCCCAAUGUUACGGACAUUGCUGGACAAUGGAGCCUCACCUGGACUUAGGGAUAACAAAGGUAUGAUAGCGCUACACUAUGCCACCUGGCAAGGCGUCCCCCAGUCUGUCCAGAUUUUACUACAGAAAGGUUCCCCGGUCAACGAGCAGGCCCUCAACGGCGAGACGCCCCUGCACCUGGCCUCACAACAUGGACAUUUUGAAGUUGCGACCCUGCUGCUGAACCAGCACGCUGACCCCACCAUCUGCAACAAGGAGCUCAAGACAGCCCUCGACUUGGCCUGUGAGUUUGGGAAAACACGAGUGGUUGAGCUGCUGUUACGUAGCAAUCUUUGCCAGAAACUUCUGGAAGAUUCGCCCACGGAUAAUCUGGACAACAACCGGACGACCUGUUUACACCUGGCCGCUAGAGGCGGACAUGUCGAUAUAAUCAAGCUACUGUUGCAGGCUGGGAUGAACAUCAAUAGGUCAACCCUGAAGGGCACGUGUCUGCACGAGGCAGCCCUCGCUGGGAGAACGGAAGCUGUGAGGCUACUACUGGAUUGUGGGGUUGACGUGAACAAGCCGGACUCGUACGACCAGACGGCACUGGACGUGGUCAACAAGUUCUCCUCGUCCCACGCAGCCAAGGAUCUCAAGCACCUUCUCAAAGAAGCCAGCUGUGCGGUGUACGGACGAGCGGUCAAGGAUUACGCCAACGUCUACGACCCUGGGAGUCUGGCCUUCAAAGAAGGGGACAUAAUCACGGUGCUUGAGCAGAAGACCGACGGGAUAUGGCGAGGGUAUGUUUUCCACGAGGGCAGGAUGGCAAAGACAGGCAUGUUUCCUGCCAAUCAUAUCGUGCUCAUUGAUAGUAAAGUGGUGGCCAGACAACAACAGCAGCAACAACAGCAGAAAAAGACCGGACACAUGUACGGUCCGGUGCCGGACCUCCUGAGCCGGGGACCGGUCUACAGCCCGGCGCACCAGUACAACAACAACAACGGCGGCAGCGAACGGGGCUCCAUCGAGAGCUCCGGCACGGACGACAGCCACCCGUCCACCCCGCACAGCUUCCCCUCCACGCCCAGCUCCAACUACCCGCCGCCGCCCUCCUCCCUGCUGGCGUCGUACCCGCCCCGGAGCCCGCUGACCAGAGACCAAAGCGGCGCCGACUCUGGAUUCUCCAGCUCUCAGAGUUUACCGCAGUACACGCCCUCGUCUCCAGCCGGACCUCAGCAGUUUGGAAAGUCACCUUUCGCCUUUGGACCAACCGUGACACCUGCCAACGGCAACGUGCAGCAUCACCUGAACGGCAACGGCCCUGAGUACCACCACCAUCAACACCACCAUGGGGAGUGGCCUCCUGCCCCCACUUCCCUUCCAAGCAUGGGCGGGGUGGGGGGCGACAUGAGGGGAGCCAGUCCAGCUAAAGACAGCCCAGGCCAUAGUAAUCGUAACAGCGCGGCCAGUAGUGACAGUGGGCGAGGCUUCAGUACUGGACACAUAGAUGUCAAGCCAGUGCACAGUUAUGUGAACGUCCAUGUAAACAACCAACAGCACAGACUCUCUGGCCAGAGCUACGAGUCCGGCGUCUCGUCCAGACAGAGCUACCACAGCACGUCCAGUUCCAGCCUAGGUAGCCUGGACCGCUUGGAGGAGCCAGGCUACACAUCCACAAUCAACGUCGCUCAGCUUUUCCAGGCAGGAGUGCCUGAUAACGAGGUACUCCAUGCCUGGCUUCAUGACCUGGGAUAUGUGGAUUACUACCCACUUUUUCUUCAGGCAGGCUACGACAUGCCAACAAUAUCUAGAAUGACCCCUGAAGACCUGACGGCCAUUGGCAUCACAAAGCCGGCCCACAGGAAGCGGCUCAAAAGUGAGAUAGCUCGGCUCAACAUACAUGAUGGCAUACCUGACUACAGACCUAAUGACCUGAUGGAAUGGCUCCACCUUCUAGGACUGGGCACCUACUUGGACAUCUUAUGUGGCCAGGGUUACGACAACAUUGAUUAUGUCACAGACAUCACCUGGGAAGAUUUGGAGGAAAUUGGCAUACAAAAAUUGGGUCACCAAAAGAAAAUUAUGUUGGCUAUUGACCGCCUGAAGAGGAUCACUUCUGGGGUCAAGCGUCUGUCCACCGUAGAUGGAAGAACAGCUUCAUUAGAGCUACUGGAGCCCCCUCCACCAGCUCCCCCCAUCACAGGGAGGUGGUCAGGCGGGGAGAUCUCCUCCAGCCCCCAGCACAUCUACGACGGGGCGCUGGGCGGGGCCAGGCCCAAGAAGUCACCGUCAGGGGACAGUAUCAGCACCACCAGCAGCGGAAACAGUGGGAGCAGCGCAGGCAGCGGGGCCCACAGUGGCGGAGCCGGCGGGGAAAUGAGAGUGAUUCCACUGCCCAGGGAAGACGCAGGUUUAGCAGGUGCCAUCCCGUACAGGCACAACUCUACAGGCAGUGUGGGCAGCUUGCAGCCGGACGUCGUUGCCAUCCAGGUCAAGCGGAACAUGCGGUCAAGCACUUCUGAAGACAAGCGUGACCAUAACGGUCAAACUCUGAUGUACCACUCCUUCCAGGGUCCAAUGAGGAGGUCCUCGGAUAACGACGUCUUUAAUGAUAAUCCAGGGGACAUUGAUAACACCCACUACCAGAUACUACCAAACUCUGUGGUGGACAAACGUAAACCCAUAGCUAAAGUCAUCGGUCAGCCUGAAGCAGAAAAGCAUGAAUCGGAAAUUAAUUCCGAUGGAAACAAGGUGUAUUUAACCAACGCAGGCCCAAAAAUUAACAAUAACAACAAUGCUCUGAGAGUGGAAACAGGGGAGCAUAUCUACGAUACUCCCCAAAUUUCUCAGAAGUCUCCCAAGCCCUCUCUUGCCCCGUAUAGCGGAAAUGGCAACAUUUCUGAUUCCUUGCACGUCAUCACAGUUAGUGACCCAAAUUUUCCAUCGUCCAAUCCUGUAUCUCCGGGAAGUAAAGGAGGCAAGAAAAUACCACCUCCUCCACCAAAACGCACACAUUCUAUCAGAGAGGAGACGACUCCCUUGUCCCAGAGUGCACCUGGCUCACCAAGCAGACAUCCUCUGGCACCGACUACCAUCACUGUGUCAGCGUCGGUCCACCCACAUCCUACGACUAUCAUUGCCACCAAGCAGGCCCCUCCUCCUGUCAUGCAGAAGCCACAGAAGCCUCACUCACCAGCUGUGGCUAGCAAGUUUCAACAGCAGCUGCAACAGGCUCAACAACAGCUGCAUCCACAGCAACAGCCCCUGCAUCCGCAGCAACAGCUGCAUCAACAGCAGUUGAACCAACAGCACCUGCACCAGCAGCAGAUUCACCAGCAACAGCAGUUGCAUCAACAGCAACAACAACAGCUGCAUCAACAACAGCUGCAUCAACAACAACAGCUGCAUCAACAACAGCAGAUGCAUCAACAACAGCAGAUGCAUCAACAACAGCAGUUGCACUCCCAGCAGCCUCAACAACAGGUUCUACCUAACCACCAGAAUCAUCCACAACAACAGCCAGUCCUGCCACAACAACAGGUCUUACCCCAACAACAAGUCCUACCCCAUCAACAGGUCCUACCCCACCAAGUCCUCCCCCACCAGCAAGUCCUACCCACCCAACACCAUCUAAAUCCUGUACAACAGCACCCAGCACAACUUAUCCCUCCAGUUGCUCAAAAACCUGUUUCACCCAAACCUAUUCAGCCACACAAGAUGAUCAUUGCUGCCCCGCCCACCCACGGCUCCCAGGGCCAGGCUCAAGCCCCGCCCCAACAACCAGCCGUGUUUGCCAAGCCCAAAGUCUCGGCCCUACAGCCCCACGUACAGCAGCUGAUUCAACCCAAGUCACCCUUGCCCACCAAGUCUCCUCUUGCGUCCACAGUGACCAAUGUGCCUAAACAACAGCAUGUCCUGCCUCAUCCAUCCCACACCCAGCCCCUCCCUGGUCAGCAGCAGCAGCAGCCCACAGUACCACCCCAGCAUUCAACACCUGCGGCUGGACCACCCCAAGCCCAGGCGUUUGCCAGCUGUGUUAAAAGCUUAUCUGAGAAGUUUGGCAAACAGAACGAGGAAGAAGACCAGUUCCCUGACAACGUGUCCACCGACAGCGACGACUUCCCACCACCGCCGCCUCCAAUAGCCAUGGACAUCAUCACACCAAAGAUCCACAACUACGGCAUCCCAUCCUCCAGAGACAGGGGAAAACCAGACUUCUGCAUCCACCAACGAGACUACGCCAAUAAAACCAGACCUAACCCUGGCAGAAAUUUCAUCCAGCCAACCGGCCACCAGCGCCCUACAGGUCACGUCAUGCCCGUCGCCCCCAUGACUAAAUCAAUGACUGAACACAACCCAGCCAGCGCAAGUGUCCAGUUGCGGAAAGCCGCGAUCCUCUCCUCAACUAACUCACCUUCUGGGAGUGACCUCGAGCGCACGCCUGAACCGGACAGCGUUCACGCCAUCAGUAACGACAAGCGCAGUGAGUCCACAACCAGCUUUGAGUCCAACUCCUCCUCGUCUAGCGUUGACUCUAACACCUUGCCUUUUGCCAAUGAGAACGUAGGUACAAUCAAACAACGAGCUGCCAACACAAAGCCCUCCAUCGUCCAGUCAGUGGACAUGGAUGGCGGACAGCGCAAUGUUGACCUUAACUCUGAUAUUUUUGAGAAGGAAUCUCUAAAAACUAUGCCUGGAUACUCUAGCUCAUACCCUCAGCAUGUAAACAUGGCUGCAAGCGACUCCUCUAGGUCCGUAGUCUACAAUGGCAGUCCUCAGAGCCCCCGUACACAACACUAUCAGAAACAGCUUAACCCUACAGGUGCAGUUAGGCCGCCAGUACCAAACAAGAAACCAACUCUGAGUCCAAAACCAUCCAGGACAGGUGUGGAGACAUCUACACCACAGCAAACACCUGCUGCAGACAGCCAAAAAGCCCAGAGUUCUGGCAAUGUCCUGAGUGAUAUUGAUGACAUGCUGCAAGGCCUGACAGACGAGCUGGACGCCAUGUUGGAGGAGGAAAUGGCCAGCUGAUGACCAGGUGUCCCCAAGCUUAGCUUUAAUAUCUGUCUUCAUUUUUGGAUCUGAUUUAUUCUUCAUCACUCCAGUCUUAUUCAAGCUUGCAUUUCGUCUUCAUUAUAAAAAUAUGCUAUAGUUGAAUAUGUUGUAGAUUUGUAAAGCUGUUAGAUGGAUAAUUUAUUUAUCUUCCAUUUUUUAAGCUGAUCUGUUUGAUUCACAACUAGUUCUCUUUUUUUUUUUUACUGGUACAUCAAGUUUUAAACAAGAGUUGAUUUUUUUUUAAUUAGAAGACUAAGGUAAACUUGUUUUUAUUUAAUCUGUUGAACCUGUGUUGCUAUUUUAAGACAUGAUCCCAUUGUGAUUACUGAAUGAUUAUCUGUGUGUGUGGUUUACUUCACACUCUGUUGUAGAUGUUGUAGGGGGCUUCCACCAGUUUUAUUUUAAACUUAUUUUAAAAACUAUCCAUACUCAACCUUUGUUGAAGGCCUAAAAGGCCAAAUGAAAUUAAUUUUAUUUGAAUAGAUUUUAUGUAAUGAAAUUGUUAGAUUUUUUAAAAUAUACACAGGAAAAAUAUGCAAUAGUUUUUUGUUUUAAAUAUCAAAAUGAUAAAUUUAAAAAAAAACAACAAUGGCACUCUAGAUCUACCUCACCUAAAGACAUUAUCCUCUAUUUUUUUUUUUCAUUUUUCUAAAUUUGUUACUCUAAAAUUUAUGUGACAACAAAUUAGACUUAAAAUCUUAAUUUUGUUCACUAAUGAAUCUUUACAGUCGGUAACCAUUAUCUAUUUUUCUGAAAUUCGAAGCCUGUUUAAACUUUAUUUUUUUUAACACAAACUUGAAUACCACUAUCAUUAGAUACUUAAAUUUCUAUUUUAGUUUUCUUUGGAUAAUAGCAUGAAGUAAACUUAAAAUUGAUCUAUGCCAGUAUUUUUACUUAAAAAUUAUAAUGUCUUUUCAUCUAUUGUUUUCUGUUACUUUUUUAAAUGUUUCGAGCAUUACAGAUUUGUUUAUGUGUAAUGAAGUUUAAAAAGUGACAAGCAUGUGUGUAAUGACGUUAAAAAGUGAGAAGGAUGCGUAUAAUAAGAAAAUGUCAUAUAUCAUCAGGUUUCGUCUUGUUUUCUUGGAAUGAAUUCUCCCGCUGUGUUCGUCAUAGUGUGGCCAUUUAUUCCGCUGCUUGUAAUCUAGUUUUAGUACAAGUAUCUUUGAUGGUAAUCAUUUCUUUUUUUUUUUACUUCAUUCUGUAAAUGUUUAAAAAUUAGUUAACACUUGGAAAAUGUUUUUUUAUUUACAAUUCGCCAAUCAGAUUUUAUGUUAUACUUAUUAUAGUUCACAAAAAGCUAGUGAUAUUCAGUACAUAAAGUGGCAGUUGGCCAAAAUAUUUGAAAUGUCGAAGUUGAGAAUUUUGUCUGUGUGCCACUGAUGUUUGAACCUGCAACUGUUGUUUUACUUUGUUCAUAAUACAUCACAUGUCUCAGGACAACAUCCUUAUCAUCUGUCUCGGGUUGGGUCAUGACCCGCACUUAGCCCUAGUUGAACUAGCUUCAUCAUAUAACGAGUCCUUUUCAGGGACAUAGAAAGUAGAAUCAGCUUGUGAUCCUUUUUUUUUUUUUGCAGAACUAGUGGGUUUUUUCAUACAUACUACACUCAUCAUCAUUCAUUAUUGCAAAUAUUUUAUCUUUUGUCCAAAUUUCUCUUCAAUUUGUUUUUUUUUUGUUGUAAAAACCAAUCAACUGUAAAUGGAUCUGUGUAAUUUAAAAAGUGUGAUAACAGUUGAACCACACUGUACAGAUGUUUUUUUUGUUCCUGGAUGUAACGUACAGCACCUGAACUCACAGGUGUUGACAGGUGUUUUGUUGUUUUAAUCUAAUCACCUAAUGAUGAAAAGACCUUGAUAUCAAAUAUCAGUACAUUAAUGUUUCCAAUAAUCAAGUAACCUUAUCUAAUAUUGUUAAUCAAAAGCUUUAUUUAUUGUUUUUCAUCAUAAUUGUUUGUAUUAUUUUACUGUCGUUAGGCCAACAUAUUAAAAAUUGUUUUAAGACUUAUGUUUUAUUCUGCUUUGGGGGAAAGCUUUGAAAGAGAUUUAGACUUCAAAGUGAUAGUUAUAAUUUGCAUGUCUUAAAUUUGUCAUACACAAAUGAUCUGACCACGGACAGCUAAUUUCUGUUAGAGAUAGUCUACCAAAUGCUCUAUUACACUGUUUACCCUCCUUAUGGAUUCAGCUAUUUAGUACUUACCAGUUUUUGCAAUAUUCCUGUUACCAAGUUAACUUGAGCCCUACUUCAUCUACCCCUUGGACCAUCAGGUCUGAAAGAAUAUCACAAUAAAAGUUUAUUAUAUGCAUGUAUUUGUUUUUUACUAAACAAUACAAGCACAUUUUACAGUUGAAAAAAAUAUUUCUUAAAAAUAAUUAUUCAAUAGACUUUUUCCCCUGAUGAACAUAGUUGGUGUGAGUUAGUCUAUUACUGCACAUCAGUUCAGAUGAAAUAAGAAGUGAAUUAAUUAUAAUGUGUAUGGUCUAGAGAUCUGAGAAAUCAGUUUAUUUUAUCCACAUUAAUCGUUGGAAUAGACAACAAAUUCUUGUCAUGUGUACAAAAUGUGUGUAAAUAAUGGUUUCUCAAGAUGAAACAUUUUUUUUUUUAUUUGUUUCAUAAAACUAAUCAGUUACUUUGUUCUUGUGAAUGCAAGUUUUGAAUAUUUCAAGCAGAAGUGCAAUUAUGCAUCAGUCUAAAAAUGUGCAUGGACCAUUUAAAUCAAUUAUAUUUAUAUUUUUCUAAAUGUUCCAAUUUGUGCAUGCAGGAAUUAGACAGGGUAAAAACUAAAUAUUUCUGUACUUACAUUUUUGUGUCAAAAAGUUAGCAAAAUUGAUUUUGGAUGUCAACCGCUAAUAAUAAAUAAGUAUGGUAAAUUAAAGCAAAUUAAUUUUUACGCUUUGAAUGUAGUUUGACGAUGUCGUAGCUGUUGUAGGUAUACCCAUAAUGCAUUUUUUUUAAAUAUAUAAUUUUUUAUUGGUCAUUAUGAAAGUGUUGUCUUAUCUAAAUAUAGAACCAUUUGUUUUAAAACCAACCACAGGCAAAGUUUUGUGGUUUGAAUUCUGUGUACACUUGUAAACUUCUGUGUUUUCUCAAUCACAGUUUUGAAAUGAGAAGAUUCCUCCUCUCUGUAUAACAGUUGGUACUGUUUCAUAGUACUGCUGGGAUAUUUCAUGUUUUCUUCUAUAGUGUCUCUUUCUUGUGGUAUCUUUCUUUUGGCUGUGAUUUAAACCAAAUGUUCUGUUUGAAUAUUUGAAAUAGGAAUGCAUUUUUGUUUACAACAACAACACACGAUUGAUAGUAAUGUGGUUGUAAGUUGAAUUGUAGUUAGAUGACCUUUAAGUUAAGUGAUAGUUUAGAUUAUUGUAAAGUGAAACUUAAACACUUAAAAGAAAAUAAUAGUUACAAAAAAAAAAUGAACUGUGAUCUUUGGCAGCAAUCAAUUUUCUUUUACAUACCAAUAGGACUCUAAACAUGGUGUCCAUGGUUUGAUAACUUUUUUAAAAGAUUCUAUCAUAAUAGGUAGCACUUGGUGAUCCAGGAAUAUGUGUGAUACAAUGUUUUGAAUUAUUUUAGUGCACAAAAUAGAUCAUUUGUUAAUUCAGCAGCAAAUGAAAUAAAAAACAAAAAUGGCACCCUAUUAAAUCUACAGUUCUUAACCGUGUAAUUUUUUAUCUUUUACAUAUCAUUAUCUGUCUAGAAUACAUUUUUGUGCACUGUUGAUAAAUGUGGCAAUGAAUUUGUUUAAAUAUUACUAUGUAAAUAAUUAUUUAGGAUAGAAUAAUUAUUUGAUUAAUUCAAUCUUGUUUGGUUGUUCAUUUGACUCAGCAAUGUACAUGUACUGAAAAUUUGUUUUCUUAAAUAUACAUUUUCUGUCAUUUCCAAAAAAAAAAUUGCUUGUGUAGGAUAACUCUCAAUCUUCAUUUCAUUACAUUACGCUGCAUUUGCAUCAGCAAUUGAACAUUGGAAAAUUAAAACAUUUUGA